CGUCCCGCUGCCUCCAGUCCACCAGCAGGGUUCUUGGAUCACCAUUAAAUUGAACUCUCUCUCUCCGCCUUCAUUCCUUCAUGUUUUAGGAUUAUUGCGUCUGGUCGUGUGUGUGGUUAUUUCGUGUUUCUUUUUUUUUCUCUUUUUUUUUAGCCCUUCGUUCGUCUCCCUUACCGUAAAAUAUAUCAACUGCUACAUACUGUUUCCAAAGAUAUAAUGACUUCAUAAGCUAAGUGGUCCACAUCGUUGCAGGAAGUGAUGCAGCCAACUGAUGGUGUUGUAUUAUUAUUCAAGGUAAAACUAUUAAUCUCUCUCUCUUAACUGGUAAAUUUGAACGAGGUGAAGCGUUUUUAGUAUAUUUAACUAUGUAAUCACUAAGGGUCGUAUCAUGAGACAUUUCGCCGCCCAAGAACACAUAUUUGCCAAGGCUUUCGCAGGAGUUUAGGGCAUUUCCAGGAGUAGUUUUAUGAUCCUGGUGGUAGUCUGACCCUUCCUCUGCACCGUGAACCUAAAGAAACACUCAUUAGAAACCCGACUGACCCACUCUCUGACCUCUAGAAAUAGCUGAUGUGAGAAGCGAAAGUGUCUUAUAAUACCGACCUAAGUAUUUAAUCUGGGAGCGGAGAAAGUCAAAUGGAAGGUCGUACAACCCCAGGUGACUGCGGCUUUCUGGGCGUCUGUACCAAACAAGUACUAAUAGUUCGAACCCAGCUGUGGUGAAACAAGAGAUCACAACGAUGUUAAGUCAUUGAAUGAUUAUGUUACCUAAACUCAAUGCACAUACGAGCCACACUACACACUCGUGACGGAAGUGAAACAACCAAGGAUAAAACACACCUUACCCAGAACACCGGCAUUAUCACGAAGGUAUUUCCAAAUCAACAUCCUUUGUUGUUGUUGUACCCUGACUUCCCCUUCGCUCCCUCCACCACACAGUGUCCACAUAGCCCUCACGGCAAAGUGUGUGCCCAGAACAUACAUAUCAAGAAACAAAUUUCUCUACGAGGUGAAAUAUAAGUGCGAUGUAACAAGUUUCUCUCGGGUCACUGAGGCAGAUGUAAACUUCAGAGGCCGAAUGAUUAUAAUGGCCCUUGUGUGCAUCAUGAGAAUGUUCUGAGUGCGGCGUAAACUAGACAAGAGACUUCUGAUGAAAGAGGCGGGAUGGAUCCUACACAAGACGAUUCCGAAGAAUACAACCCCCUGGACCUUUAUGACCUCCAUGAGGUGAAGACGCCCCGCGCCCUGCUGUGGGCGGCCCUCGUCCACUGCUACAGCGUCGCAAUCCUCGGCACAAUCGGAAACGCGUUGGCGCUGUGGUGCGUGGAGACGUGCACCAAGACGCGGCGGCCGGUGAAGGUGCUGCUGUUCGGCGUGUUCGUGCCCUCGCUGGUGAUCUGCCUGGUGACGCGGCCAGUGGACGGGGAGGAGUUGCUGUCCAACAUCAAGCAUCAGCCACACCGAGUCUCCAAGUUAGUCAGCAAUAUCAACACCGUCGUGUACAGCAUCUUGGCGCAGACGGAGCUUGCCUCCAUGACUGCUGUGGCCACGGUCAGGGCCCUGUCAGUGUGGGCGCCGCAGAGGCCCAGGCUGGGGCUGCGAGGCGCGGCGGUGCUGGUGUUUGCGUUGUUCAUGUAUUCAACCUUCACGGGACUGGGCCUGGUGGGGCUGAUGCUGCUGGGCGAGCUGAACAAGCCGUGGGCCGUCACCCUCGUCAGUGCGCUCUACUUCAUCAACACAACAAUGCCGGCGCUCAUCACCGGCGGCGCCUACAUACUCAUCAUUUAUGCCAUCCAUCGAAACAAACGCCGCCUGGCCGCCAGGCAGCACCAUCCACAAGGGGCCACAAGCAUGGACCAGGCGACGAAGGCCAUACUGGCGGUGUUCAUCAGUAACCUCAUCUUCGGCCUCCCUCACUCCAUCUACCACCUCAUGGUGAGGCAGCCGUACUACAUGCACGUCAUAUUCCACGUCAUCUUUUCAACGCACUUUGUGGUGGACCCGCUGGCGUUCGUGUGGCUCAACACCGGCUACCGGAGACACUUCUUCUCCAGCGUGAAGAACGUCACAAAAAACAUCUCGCACCCAACCUCGUCGUUCCACAAGGCCGGCUCUGCCUCCCGCAGUGACCACCACCACCUCCAGCUGUCUACACACAAGCAGGAGAGCCUCGGAACCUCACAUCACGCCGCCGAAACCAUCGAGACUUGACAUGAACCGCAAGUUCGCCGGGCAAUAGAUGCCGAAAAAGUAGUGUCUUCUCGUGGCCUUCGAGUGAUUUGUGCACUUCGUUGUCGUUAUAAACUUGCAAAUAUAUAUUGCAUUUAGUAAAGCUCUUCCUGUAUUCGUGUGUACAGCAACAUUGAUUUAUCAGAGAGGUGGCUGAAAAAUGGUAUACAUGUAUGUAACUGUACUUUUUUUUUUAAAUACCCUCGAGCUAAGAAGCGAAGACCAUCAAUAGCUCUACUAGUGUUACAAGUGGGCGCUGCCUCCCUCACCGAGAACCUGACGUGAGCUGAGAUUGAACUCGCACACCAAGCACCACACCCGCUGAGACACCCGCUGAGACACCCGCUGAGACUUACGUAGUUUCAGAACACCACUGCCUGCGACUUAUGAGGACGGAGAAGUUGAGUCUCUUCUUAAUAGUUUAUAUGAAAAUAAGGGUUACUGUAAAAGUUUAUGGAAAUAUGAACAUUCAGUGACGAAUGUUUAAUUUCAUUUAGUUAAUUCAGCACUGAGAAUGAAGACUAAUAUGAACGGAAAAAAAGUUAAAUUCGGAUCAUUAUUUUUUAUUUAUUUUUACGAUAAUCACUCAACAGUCGCCAUCAGAAAUCCACGUGGCUAUGGAGUGUUUGCUGAACUGAGCUACACUGCUUUGUUUUACUGCAUCGCGUAUUGCUUUUCCUUGUACUGUACUAUAUACCAUUUUGUCUUCUGUUGUGUUGCAUCACCAAAUAAAAAUCAAGCACG